AUGGCGAGUUUGUUGGUGUGGGUGGUCGGGGGGCUUCUAGCCUACCGCUUGGCUAUCUCAGUGUACCGACUCUACUUCCAUCCGCUCAGAAAGAUCCCCGGACCAAAACUGGCUGCGAUGACCACAGCCUAUCAGUUCUACUAUGAAAUCAUCAAGCAAGGAACUUUUAUCUGGCACCUGGAGAAGUUGCACGAAAUCUAUGGUCCCAUUAUCCGUGUCGGCCCCCGGGAGGUGCACAUCAAGGAUUCUGAAUACUAUGAUACCAUUUAUGCUUCCAGUGGACGGAGACGCGAGAAGGAUGCCGCGACAGUGGCCCAAUUUGAUAUUGCAGGCUCUUCAUUCUCAAGCAUUAGCCCCGAAGUCCAUCGUAUGCGUCGAUCCCCAGUCGAGAAGUUCUUUUCCAAGGGCGCUAUCACGCGCAUGGAACAAAAUCUCCAGAAAUAUCUCGACAAGCUGGUGGCCCACGUGGAACAGGCCCAAAAGACUCACAAAGUGCUGACCUUGGACGCGGGCUUCGCCGCAUUGACUUCGGACAUCAUCCACGAAUACGUCUUUGGCAUUCAUACGGGCAAUCUUGAUCAGGAGGAUUUCAACGAGCACAUCCGAGAUGGAGUGAACGGGCUCUUCAGAUUGGGUCACCUGGCACGCUUCAUCCCCUGGCUCCAGCCGACGAUGAACAGUAUGCCUCGCUUCCUGGUUGAGAAACUCAGUCCCUAUGCCUUUGCCUUGAUGGACCAGAAACAAUUCAUUCACGAACAAGUGGUCAACAUUCAGAACGGCCAAUCUACGGGCCAGUCCGGAUCUGUGAUGGAGAAACUGACCAGCCCCGGCCUGCCCGAUCACUUCAAGAGCGCGCGUAACCUGUCCGACGAGGGCUUUGCAUUGGUGAUUGGAGGCACCGAGACCACGGCCCGAUCGCUCUCGGUGGGAAUGUUUUAUCUUCUGAGCGAGCCCCGCCACGUUCAGAAGUUGCGCGAGGAAUUGCGGGCUGUCAUGCCGACACCGACGACGAAGCCGACUUGGAAUCAGCUGGAGCAGUUGCCAUACCUGGCGGGAGUCGUUCUGGAAACUCUCCGGCUCUCCACAGGAAUCGCAUCCCGAUCGCCGCGUGUUGCGCCCUCGGAAUCUUUAGUGUACAAGGAUUACACCAUUCCUCCCGGUCAUUUGGUCAGCCAGACCAAUUAUUUCGUGCUUAUGGACCCAUCCAUUUUCCCCGACCCAGAGGCAUUUGAUCCGGAGAGAUGGACACGGGCUGCCGCAAAGGGUGAACGGUUGGACCGGUACCUCGUCAACUUCUCCAAAGGAAGCCGUAUUUGUCUUGGAAUGAACCUGGCCUAUGCUGAGAUCUAUCUCACGAUCGCGACUUUAAUUCGUCGAUUUGAGCUGGAACUGUUCGAGACCACCAAGAAGAAUAUCGAAUUCGCUCGCGACUUUGGCACACCUUAUCCCGACGAGGGAAACUACAGUCUCCGUGUGCUUGUUAAGGGCCUGGUUAGCGAGUGA